AUGAGCAAUCGCCAAAUGCCGCCACCAUCCCCGCCCCAACAUUACCCUACAUCAAGAGGACAAACGGCAAAUGCGCCUCCGCUUCCUACAACCUUCUUGUCCCGUGAGCAGCAUCCCAGCAACCCGGCUCAUCGUCCUGGGAGCAGCAUGUCAAUAUCCGCCAUGCUCGGCUCGGACGCUGACCGGCCACCUCGGGAUGUAGGCCCCUACUCUCGUCCUCCUGUAUCCUCCUCUCCCUCUCCCUAUACCAGCGCUCCUCCUUCCGCGAAUCCCGGUGCCAUGUCUCCCCCGGCGAGACCUGCCUCCCUCGAAUACCCGUUCUUCCGGCGAUCCCAGACACCCGAAAAGUCGUUUGCGAAAAGCCACCCUCCAGCUCGCCCAUAUCGGUCGAGUUCCGGGGGUGUCUCACAGGCGUCUAUCACAGAGCAGUCAAAGUUCAACCCUUUGUCGUCGUCUCGUGCGCCGCCAUCAUCCUCACAAUAUCCCGACAAGCCUGGCUCAUCUCAUCCAUCUCCCCCAAUCUCCUCAGCAGAAACAGCUUACAACGAGUCGCGUCGCUUGAGUCUCAAUGGCUCGAUUCCCCGUCCCAGCAGCCAACCCCAGGCCGAGCCCUCGGCACGUGGGCCUGGCUACAGCCCACUCUCACGACCGGUCCUAGCAUUAGGGGAGGGUGCUGCUGGUCCUACUGCGGCAGCCAUUAGCGCAACACAACCGCGUCCGACACCAUUCUCAGAACAUGGCCGAUUCGGGAGUCUCUAUCCCGACCGCCAUUCGGAAGAACUAGCGCAGCGGGAGAAAGAGAGAGCGAUGGGGCAGGAGCUCGACGCUUCCCGAGCGUCAGGUCACCGGUACAGUGCUUACGGAGAUCGAGAGGCAUUUGGCCGGCCGCAAGGGCCCGGAGCGUGGGAACUCGGUCGUUCACAACCGCCUUCACCGGAAGCUAAGCGCUUUCCUGCACCUGAGCCCAGUCCCGGUUUCGGAUUCGGCGCGAUUCAAAGCUAUACCAAGUCAUUAGGUUCUCAGGCAGGAAGUGGUUCGCGACCUGUUUCUCUAUCCACUCAAACUCAACCCACGCCCCCGCCCAGUGAGCAACCGCCUUAUUUACACAAGUUGCAGACUGAACCGCCCCGGCUUUUCAGUUCUGGUUUAUCUACGGGUCCAUCACCCCUGACGCAAACCGCCACGGAUGAUCGACGCAAAGGAAGUGAUGAACUUAUGCACCACCGCAACCUUCUCGGAGUUGGUGCAGAGAAGCGAGGCGGUCGUGCUUCACCCUUGCCCCAAGCGGUGCAAGGUGCCUCGGGCCCUGGAGGGGAGUCGAGUAUCAAGAAUGACUUGGGCCGUGUGUUCUCCGGCAUCGGAAGUGGUGUCGGUGGUGUCACCGCCCCGACAGCAGGAAGCGCACACUCCACCCCCAUCAUGAGUCCCUUUAAACGGGACAGCGGUACAGCCCGGUCCACCAAUGGUGAUGCCCCGAACGAUGAAGCAAAGACUGCUCGACCUGGUUCGACCACCGGAAAACGGUCAAAGAAGUCGCGAGAGGAAGAAGUUCAAUCAGUGGAGGGUGAAAUCCUUGACUCGCGGACUGGUGUCUUGGGACGUGGUCGGCGAGGACGACAUGCCCACCACCACCAUCAUCAUCACCACCAUCACCGGAAGCCAGAAGAGGAAGGACGACCGAUGUCUUCGAUGAACUCCUUCCACCGGGCGUCGACGGUAUCAGCUGAGGGCAGCUCCGGAGUAACUCCGCAUCACCACCAUCAUCAUCACCAUCACCAUCAUCACCACCAUCACCCCUCCCGGACAUCUGCCCCUGCCCUCAACGUUCUGUCGCCUAUGCGUGAACCUCGGACCGUGGUGAACAUUGAUCCCGUGCGAUCUAGUGUUUCUCAUCUCCCCCGUCAUCACCUCGGUUCGACCUUGUACGCACCACGUAUUGGAGUCCCGUCCACCAAAUCCCCGCUAGAGAGUGCCAAAUUUGGAUACACUUCGACGCCCCAGCCGCUCCCGCGGUUUGAAGGCAAGGAGAACUGUACAUUUACGGUGCGUGUGCCUCGAUAUAGGAUCGACGCGGCCCGUCGCGAGGAAAUUUGUGCACGCCGGGCUCUGUGGGGAACGGGUGUCUACACCGAUGACUCGGAUCCCGUUGCAGCUGCAAUCCACUCGGGAUUUAUCCGCGGCGCCUGGGGAGACGAUGUGGACGAGAGCUUCCUGGAUUUGGAAAUCAGAGACACCUACCAGCAUGCGCCGCCACCGUCGGAGGAAGAACGCGAGUCAGAUCAACCCCGGAUUCCCCCGGUGCCACCCGCAGACAAGGAUCUCCACAUCACCUUGUUGAUCCUCCCCAAGCUGGACAAGUACGAUCAGAGCGUGCUGUUUGGCAUCAAGUCGCGGACCUGGGACGGCAGUCACGACGGUAUGAGCUUCCAGGUCUUGCGCAUUGACUGGGUUGAAGAAGGUGCCGGACGUGGUGAAGAGCGCGGCGGCGAAGCACGACGCAAGCGUCUACGCAACCUCAUGCAAACCGGGAGAAUCUGCACGGGACCUGCAGUGAUCAAGUUGGAGGACCUUCGCAAUCGCGGAUUGGAAGUUGAUGCGCGAUCGAAGAUGCGAAUGAACGAAGAACAGCGGACUACGGUGCAGCCGGUCUCAUGA